AUCUAGAUGGUCAGGUGCAGUAGUAUGUGAGGAAACAAUGGGGAAAGCGAAACGAUGGACUGUGACCUAUACGAAGCACAUCAAGCAAAAACGCAAAGGAUACCAAGAUGGUUUUCUAGAAGUCCAGGAUUCGACUAACAAGGUUAUGCUUUAUGAUGAGUGCGACAAACUCUUGGAGUGUAGACUAUUGAAGAAUGAUGAAACUGUUAACCCUGGUGAAACUCUGACAUUCAAUUGCUACCUUGUUGACAUCGGUGAUCAGGAGGGAGAUAGUAAACCUAUUUCUGAUUCAAAUGUUGAUAGAGCACAUAAGAAUUUUGCACGGCGUCCUAAUAGGUUGAGUGGAUCAAACUUUAGGACUCCAUCAGGCGACAGCAAAACUAAUGUAAAGGAGAGCAAAGAACGUCAUGCUCUCAGCCCAUCACAAAAGAUUAUUAAAGAGUUUAAGAAAAGAGAGCUUCUUAAGUAUAAGUCACCGAAGAUCAGUCCGGAAAUAACGAAACCCAGCACACCAGAGUGGCAGGUUCUGUAUACUUCACAAGUGACUCAAAAGGCAAAGAAGUACCAUGAUGGUUUUUUGAAACUUGUGAUUUGUGGAUCCAGUACUAGACAGGUAAUGCUGUUUGAUGGAAGCAGGAAACUUUUGGACAGCAAAUUCCUUAAGAAAGAUGACGUAAUUGGACCUGGCGAGUCACUUGCAUUUGAUGCAUAUUUGGUUGAUGUUUGUGAAGAUCAAGGAAAUCAUGAACCAGAUUCCAAUGUUCGUGGUAAAAAAUGCACUGAUGCUGAGGAAAUCAGGAAGAUGCACUGGCAGCAAUCUUGUCAUGACACCCAUGUAACUGGUAGACAAAGUGAGUGGCAGGUGAUAUAUUCAACGCGGUCCACUAAAAAAUCCAAGAGUUACCACGAUGGUUUUUUACAACUUGAAAUUUUUGGAUCUCGAGGGAGACAGGUCGUUCUUUGUGAUUUGAAUAAAACACCUAUAGAGCGCAGGUUCUUAAUGAAAGAUGAAGUUAUAAGACCUGGUGAAUCAAUAUACUUCGAUGGCCAUUUUGUUGAUGUAGGAGAGCCCAAAGAAAGCCAUCAAUCUCCGAUGAAUGCUGAUGAGAAAGGAACUGGUGAUAAUUUUGUUCAGAAAAACAUAAGAUAUGAACACCACGGCUGUCUAAAGGCCAACCCGAUUGUCGUCAAAGCAGGUGAGCCUCACAGUAACGCUUAUUUAGCGAAAGAAGCAAACUUGAACUCCCUUUUCUCUGGGUCAGAUGUGAUCAAAUCAAGCAUGAUGGCCCUACCAGCCAAACCUUUACGUGACACCCAUCAAAUAUUGUCUCUUUUGCAAAACCGUGUGGCUCCAGAGAGCAACGUUAAAGGUGUUGGGCCAACAAUAGACUCAGCGCCCAGUCACGGUUCAUAUGAAAAUCUUCAAGAUAUGGAAUCCAUUGAGACCAUGAAGUCUUCCAAUGUCUUGCCUUCUAAAGAUUCUUCAGGAGCAAGUGGUAGCGCCAGCUUGCAAUCACCCAAUAAUAUCGGAAGUCCCCAGCAGCCCGAUCCCUGCAAGGAAGCUCAGACAAAUAAGAGUGAGGCAGUUUCUGAUUUUUCCAAGUCAAGUUCGGGUGUGCACUCUUCUUGUUCUGUUACCAGCGAAGGUAAGAGAAAUGAGGAGUUCUCGCGUUCAAAGGAUAUGGAUGAUUGCCCAAGCUUUGGCCUUGGGUUUUGACAGGCAAAUGUUCGCGGGUCUUGGAUUUUUCUCAACCUUCGAAUAUAUUAACUCGAGUGCUGUUAUGCCUUGACCUCUUUGAAUUGUCCCAGCUGAAGCAAUGUCUUUGUUUCACAAUCACGAUCUUUCACCUUAUAACACCAAUGGCCACCAUGUGACCCAGCUCUCUGCCUUUUAAGCUCAACUGAUGUAUAAAUGUGGGAAGCCGCUAUUUCUGGAGAUUACUAGGGCAAUAAAAAUUUUAGCACUUUUUUUUUAUUAAAAAAAUGUUAUAAAUGAGAUAGCAGUGAGUGUGAUGAGAUUUCGGAGUUUUAGAUCUGAGUCAUCUGACCCCAAUCCCCAAACUCACCGUGGGUGGCUGGGUACGUGAGGGAUCGAGAUAGAGAUAUACAGAGAUUGCUUCAGUAUCCACUAACAACAGUAAGAUAGAUCUCCCACCUCGAUUCUUCACAAGAUGACAAGGAAGCAAAAGUUGAACUACUUAGCAACUAUCUCAGUAGGAACUAGUGGCCCAAUCGGUACAAGGAAUAACAGGAAAAAAAAUGGAAUGCAAUGAUGAUUGUCGAGCAUUUAUUCGGUGAGGCAUUUAGGAAUUGCUGGAUAACAUUUGCUUUUUGAAUUUAAUAAAAUAAUAAAAAUAUAUAAAAUGACCAAACUACCCACAAAAAAUAGGGAGCCCUUCCACAUCUUCAUCUUGCAGGAUCCCGACCAGCAUCUUCUAUUCUUCUUCACUGAACCAAGGCCAGCGUCAGAAUUUUGGGUCUUCCUUCCACCAUAAAUCUAGCACCAUCUUCUUUUUCCUUGAACCCUGAUUUGAAAUCGGAAUCUUGCCUCUUCUUUUCUAUCAGAAAUCUAGGACCAUCUUCCUUGAACCCAGACCCGUAUCGCAUAGCCAACAAAAAUCUAACCCCUUCACCAACCUUCAUGGGGCUUAAAAAAUCCCCAUCCCUUCUUCUUCCUCUUUUUUUUUUUUUUUGCUUUGUUUUUACAAAUUUAGAUCAACGCCAGAUCUAAAAGGAAUAAACGACAGGGGUGGUGAGAGCAAAACUCAACCAAGUUCAAAUCUGAUGAAGAUGAACGACGGCAACUAGGGAAGAAUGAUGACACAGCUCGGCGGUGCCAAUGGAGGGCAUCUUCGUGAUCCGAUGUUUCUGCAGAAGGUUGUGAACGCCGGGUCGCCGACGUCAUUGCCGAAGAUGGAGAGUGGGUGGGGAAGAUGGAGGAAGGGUCGACACAUUGGUUUGGCAUUUUUAAGGGCAAAAAUGUAUUCUCUCAGCGAUUAGAAGAGGUCUGCAUCCUCGUUCAUAGGGUCUGAUCAUGUAAUCUGGGAUGCAGGCUUAAUGGAAUGAGGUAGCCAUCAUGUAAUCUCCUUUUCAUUACGAAGGUGCAACCAAACGCCAAGAAUCAUGCACAUGCAUCAGGAUUAUAGGUCAUCGUUAUGCAGGGAAUUGAACCGAACGGCGCAUAGGUGUCCCAAGGGAGAAUUUUCUUUUUUCCCCUAAAAAAUUAUCAGUAGGAAUUAGGAGUGCAAAAGCAAAUUUGGCAGUGGAGAAA